AUGCGCAUCCGUAUGAAUCUGUGGAUAACCGUACUAUUAACUACGUCAGCCAUCGCUGCGGUAGAUAUGACAAUAUUGUGUUUUCUGGGCUGCGUUCUUGUGUUAUUCAGGAUGCGGCACCACGGCGGGCGUACAGACUAUGAUGAUCUAUGCCAGGGACUGAAUGAAGCAGGGUUGCUAGAAGACGACGACAAAGCUGUGCUGGCUGCAGCUGUCCUUGUUCGCAAUGAGCUAGCUAUAUUAUAUCUUUGCCGUCCGCAGAUGGGAGCCUUUCGAGUCCAUAGAGGGAUACCUCGUGGCGCUUAUCCAAAGUACUAUGUGGAUCGUCACACCUUUCGGCCAAGCUCCUCGGCGCAGCUCGUCGUCGACUUCUCUGAACUCUGA